AUGGCCAUAACGAAUGCUGAGGCAAUGAAUGAAUUCUCGGAAAGAAAGGCGGAUAUCAAGAACAACACAGAUGAUAUAAUUGAUAUUGAACGGACAGCUACUACGGGGACGGAGCAAAAUGGAGACUCGAAGGAGAUACUCGCAGAGGACAAUGCGGGAUUUCACCGGUCUCUUACAAGGCGAAAGGUCAUGAUGAUGACCUUUGGGGCUGGUAUUGGAACAGGCCUCUGGGUUGGAACUGGACAGGCACUAUACUAUGCUGGGCCUGGCGGACUCGCUAUAACGUAUACUCUGACUGCCAUGAUUGUCUACGCUCAAUACAGCUCUAUCGGCGAAAUGAUGGCUUACAAGCCAGUCCACGGAGGCUUUAUUCGUACAUGUAUCGAGUAUGUGGACCCGGCAUUUGGAUUUGCAGUUGGAAUCAACUUCUGGUUUGCUUGGGUUAUGAUCAUACCAGCAGAAAUCACGGCCGCGGUUUCUGUGUUGAAAUUCUGGCCUCAAACCGAUGCUCUUCCGCUUGCAGUAUACAUAACGAUAUUACUAGUCGUGAUGGCCGCGGCUAAUGUCUUUCAUGUCCGAAUAUAUGGGUACAUAGAGUACUAUAUGUCAUUUUUCAAAUGUGCUGCGGUCGUAUUGAUGAUUUGCUUUUUGUUUAUCAUGACAUCUGGUGGUAUUCCGGCCACUCAUGGACCGAUUGAGUUUCAGUACUGGAAAAACCCUGGUGCCUUCAGAAAUGGAAUGAAGGGAAUUGCUAAAGCUUUUGUGCAAGCUGCUUUUAGCUUUGGUGGUGGUGAACAUAUUGCUGUCAUUGCUGGCGAGAUAGCUAAGCCCCGACAGACAAUCAAAAAGACAGUUCGCCCGGUCUUCUGGCGCAUGUUCACAUUUUUCGUUGUCAACAUUUGGUUGGUCGGAAUGUGUGUCCCAUAUAAUGACGAAGAUCUAUCUUCUAGUGGUACUCUAGGAAGUCCCUUUGUCAUCGCUAUCAAGAGAGCGGAUGUCUAUGGACUUGCCCAUGCGAUUAAUGGGUUCAUUUUUCUGAGUGUGAUCAGCUGCGGUAUCACCAGUGUUUAUGUUGCCAGCCGUAGCUUGACAGCUCUGGCAGAUCUUAAUAUCAUACAUCCCUUCUUUGGUCGCAAAGAUAAACAAGGUCGUCCUUGGAUGGCGCUUAUCAUCAGUUUGGGAAUUGGUGGUGGAUUAUGCUACCUUAAUUGUGAUAGCAUUGGAACUGUUGUUUAUGGCUGGUUCUCAUCCCUGGUGGCUAUUGCGACUCUUUUCGAGUGGUCUGGUUGUUAUGUUUCCCAUCUUCGCUUCAGGGAGGGCCUCAAGGCACAGGGAAAAGAUCUCAAUUCUCUUCCUUUCAAGGGAUUCUUGACGCCAUACUCACAAUACUUCAGUCUGGUUCUUGUGGCAUUCAUAUUCGGUUGUGAAUUUUACCUCUCGUGUUGGCCAUUCGGAGAGAAAGGUUCACCCAAGACCUUUUUCUCGACUUACUUGGCGGCUCCGCUGUUUGUUUUUGACUACUUGGCUUAUAAGUUCUGGUACAAAACGAAAAUCGUGAAAGCCAAAGAUAUGGACUUCUCCGCAGCAGAAUAUUUCGACGAGGAAGAUCGGCUGGACGAAAUGGCGAUUCAAGCACAGGGUUCAAUGCUAAGCGAGAAGAGCACAUGGAUUAAACGUGUUCGAUAUGUGAUUUUUGGAUAA